UUAGAAUGCAGUACGCGAAGCUUUAAAAGUAGUGCCACACCACGUGCAAAAUUUUAAGUGAAGUUAAAUUUGGAGCGGAAAACGGCAAAAAAUCUUACCAUGUUUCUGGAUGCUUUUGGAAACCCAAAGGAGGUGACUCCCGACAACCUUAAUGAGUAUUCAUAUGAUCUGCAUGAGACCAUGUUACUGACAUCGGCCGACCACGAGGUUUACAUACCGCCAAAAUGGCACGGCACAAUUUACAGCACUGAAGAGCUGCUGCAGAAUUACAGAAAGCGAUAUAAUCCGGAUUGUACUCUGCUGACCUUCCACGCUCUUCAACCAUACGAGCCGGAGUUCAUUUGCUGUGAGAACGUCGUGGUGGAGCUGACAGCUUUGCCCGCUGGUCAGAGUCUCUUCAGUGAAAUGGAGAUAGUCGUUUUUUUGGUCAAGCUGACGGCAAGUGGCUCAAACACAUUGAUCACAAAGGAGCUGGGCAGCGACUUGAACUUCUUUCCGCACAACCAUCACUACCAUGUCCGGAUCUUGGAGGAGGGAAUAGAUGUGGUCUACGUUGACGAUAAGAUCUAUUCCGGUGGCUCACCAACAAACUAUCAGCACCAACGUCUGUUCAGUAUGCUGAGCAACAUCCAGCCGGGCCACGUGAAGAGUCUUUCGGGAGGUCCCCUUCCCGAGGUCCUGCGCAUGGCCUGCAGGAAGCCCAACUAAGGAGAUCUGGAGUUUUCCCAAAACUGUCAUAUUAUCCCCCAAGUUCAUAGUCCGGUUUAUAAACUUUACAACUCUCAA